UAAAAAAAUUAAUUUACAAAAAAAAACAAAUAAAAUAAUGAGCAAUCCGUUGAAAAAAAUAGCAAACAUAAACAAUAAUUUCAUAAUUGACAUCCAUUUUGCUUUCUCCCUCAACAACAGAGUGAUUUGAGCGCCAUUAGUUUUAAGCUUGUUAGUUUAUUCAUCAGAGUUCAUGAUAUUAGCUUUGUUUUAAACGUUAUUUUAAAUAAAUAUUGCAUUUCACUAACUGUUGUCAGACGAUCCAAACAUCUAAUUACUGUGUAUUUAGUAAAAUCAAAGUUUAACAAAUUCGUUUACCAGUUUUGUAAGGAUUUGAAUUAACGGCUUUUGCUUAAAAUUAUUUAUAUUUUACAAGUGUAAGUGCAGUUUGAUAACCCAACAAUGCCACAUGUUUUAAAAUACUCUUCUGACUGUGACUCUUCUGGAUAAUCUAAGCCAUCAGACUAAUGAUUCAAUUUGUCUGUUUUUCCCUGUCUGGCCAGUUUCAUUUAUCUGACCUGAUGUUUCAACUUUUUUCUUCAAAAAUCUGUCUCUUUUUUCUGUGUCUGGCUUCGUUAAUCAUCAUUUGUUCAUUGGACUGAUUACUAUUUCUCAAGACUUAAAAAUUUAACUUGGUGAAGCAAGUUUCAUAAAUCAUCAAGAUAUUUGUUUUGAAUCUUUAAUUUACUAGAGAAAGGAAAAUUGUGCAACGAUUCAUCUAUUGAGCAAGGUAUGCAUGAUUAAGUGUGACGGUUAACCAUAACGAAUACCUGUUGUGCGUAACAAAAUGGUUUGCACUCAAUGAGUUUGGUCUGUCAAUAGAAUUAAAGGAUUAAAUUAGAGAAAGGUCAAUUACAAGUUGUUAUUAUCACUUCAUCUUGACCAUUUAUUUGCUUCUAUUGUUAAUCACGGCUCAUUAUUAAGAGCCAGAUUUAUCAAUUAAAUGAAGUCUAACAGCAAGUCUGUUUAUCAAGCAAGUUGCAAGUCUCAAAAUUUGAACCUGAAUCUCGGAGUUAUGCAUGUGCAAACAUAUUAUCAACAGUUCCGGACAUAAGUGUGCAUCUACACUUCCCGGAUGUUAAAUUAAAUGCAAAUGAAAAACUUUGCUCAUUAAACAAACACAGAAUUCUUGAGUGGAGCAUCUUAGACUCAAAAGUUAUCAUGGAUUACUGUCGUUACAACAAAGAUGCGUCUUUUUAACGAGCAUUGUCAUCAAAACCAUUAAGAAUAUUGAAACACUGUGAAGCUAAUGGGAUCAAAUGUGAAACGAUUGAGCUGAAUGGAAGUUCCAAUGUAAAUAAAUGAACCUGUUGACUUUUUUCAUCGUUUUUUUUCCAAAAGAUGAAGAGUGAAAUCAUUAUUGAAGCAAAAUAAACAGUAUUUUGGAUUAUUUGAAAAAAUCUAUUAUAUAUUGGAUACUGGAAAGAAUACUUUUAUAUCACUUGGCUUUGCUGAUGAAACUGUGUGUGGGAUCUCUAUCACCAUCAUUAACAUGAUCAUCAUCAAGAAGCGAAUCAUCUAAUGGUGUAACUAAUAUUGCGUUUUGAGUGCAAAAUGGUUGCAGGAUAGUUGUCAAAAGAAAAGGUUGACAUGGUAGACCAACUAAUAUUUUUCCACCUCUUAUCCUGUAGUUAUUCAAGAACGAGUUAAUACAUAGGUGUUUAUGUUACUUGGGUUAAAUGGUGUAGUCAAAAGUCUCUCCUUUCUUCUCACUAUAUGGUCGGAGAUAGCCUUAAGGAGUAAAAAAAGUGCAAGAGCAAAAAAAAUCAUGUCUGAAGAGAAGCACAAAAAGGACUAUCACUAGGGCUAUGCAUCAAUUGUUUGCUACUUUCAUACACCAAGUCAUUCAUAAUGUUGGAAAAACAUUCAAACUUAUUUUACAAAUUUAUUCGUUCUCUUUAGAUGAGAAAUGUGCAGAAAAGUGAGGAAAAUUUUAAAGACAAAAGUAGGAUGAGCAUGAAAGGUUGACUGAUCUUUCACAUUCCUUUAUUCAUUUUAUAUGAUGAUAUCAGGGAGGGAAAAGAAAGAGAAAAAACUUUCUGACAAAAAUAGAAAAAGUUUCAAACUUUUUCUUCCUUUUCUAAUCAAUUCAAUCAGAUUAAUAAACUCUUCAUUCGCUUUAGAUUAACUGUUGGCUCGAGCUGAUCAUCUAGUAAACAUACUCAAGCAAUUUUGAUGGUUCUUUUAAUGUCAAUUGGCUAUUCAUGAAGCACUCAUAUUACAUGCAACUGUUGAUAAAAUAUUGGUCCUGUUGAUUGAAACCCUAUCAAUUGAUUCAAGUUGAAUGAGAACGAUUUCUUGAAAAUUUGGAAAACACUGAUCUUGUCAUGGAUUUCAUGAGAUUUUCAAAACAACCAUUGCAUGUAUUACGUUACCUUGAUAUGAAUUCAACUUUCCAUUGAAUUGCCUGUUUAUUUGGAGAAAAAAUUUCAGCAAUCAUGAUUUAGACAAGUUUCAUUGCGUAAUUUCAUUUCUCACCUCUGUUUACAUGGAUUUCAAAAAUAAUUCAAGCUUAAUCAAAGAAAGAAAGAAAAAGCAGACGAAAAUGAGGCAAAAAAGAAGACCAAAGUGCAACAAGUUAUUACAGAGCAUCUAAGGUGGCAGACUUACCUGGUUACACUCUAAUGGUUCUUCAUUAUUGUAUCUUUAAAUCUUGGAAAGGUGUUGACGAUUAAAAUAAACGGAAAUGUCAUUCACAUGUUCACCCUGAUAACAUGUAAAUAUAUUUUUUUUUGAUUGGAUGUGACAAUUUCAGGAAAGGCAACAAGAUGAAGAUUAGAAUAAUGACGACAAAGACUUAUUGGCAAUCAAGCAAAGCAAGUGGAGAUGCUCAUAUCAGCACCCGACAACAAUAUGUGGCGAUAAAUUACAGCAUCAAAAAUGCACAAUGCUUGGACCUUAACUGAUGUGAAAACUAUUCAACAUUUUUUUUUACUUCAUCAUCUUCUUACUAUUCUCUUAUCAUUAUUGAACGUCUUAAAUCUUUCGGCUAAUGACCUGGAUUAGAGGUAACCUUUUUUGUUAUAUUGAUGAGGCCAGUGGAAAGCGGUAGCUAAUUAAAGAAACCCGAUGAUGAAAAAGAAAAGAAAGAAAAGAAAGAUGAAGGAGCCAACAUGAGAUACAGCUACAUUGAGAUACUGUAUCAAGUAGAUGGCAACAAGUAGUAACAAUUUUUUAAGGAGCAACUUUAAAGAAAAGAAAGACAAAUUGGAAAAGAAGAUGAUGAUGAAUAAAACGAAAGAUUUAAGAUGUUACGUGGUUUCUUUUCAUACAAGAAGAUGCCUUAAGGUACACAUUGAUUGUUGCCUGUGAUGAAUUUAAAAUUUGAAACAUUUUAAGAUCCAUGAAACUGGAGACAAGUGAAUGUAUAAAAAAAACACCAUUGCAUGGAUGCAAAGCAGAUAUUCAAGACCGACUUGAUGGCUGGGCUCAACAUUCACAAAUUAUCAAUAUCGGAUGAUUGAAGAGAGGGAGAGUAAAAGAAAGGCAAAGAAAGUAACUAAUAAGGUGUAUUAGCUAAAGAAUCCAGUGCCUAACAAAAGUUUGAAUAGCACGUUUAAAUGAUGAAAGUUAAACUGAAGCUAAUUUUCUCAUCAAAUUUUCAGUAUUUGUUAGUAAACCCAUCAGAAUCGGCAAUCUUUGAAAAAUCAUAAAUGAAAAAAUCGAAACUGUUCAAAGACAAAGUCAAUACAAUAGGAGUUAUACGAUUAGACUAAUUGAGAUCAUUGUUAAAGCAUUGAUAUUCAUCAGGUGAUAAACUAUCAAUCUUUAUAACAUCUGCAGAUGUAAACACGAAUUCAAGUUCAAUGGGACUAAACUUAUCUUCGAAUGUGAAGUAUGAUUUUGGAAUCCAUUACGAAUCAAAGAGACGAACUAGGAUUUCACAAAGUUGUUUGGAUACUUUAUAUUUGUGACGAUAUAAGGCAGUCCAUGAUUUUUUCAUGGCAAAUGCAUCUGGAACACUUUUAAUUACCCAGCAGAUACCUUUUAUUCACAUGAUGAUUUAAUUCUGAUUUUUGGAGGAUCCAAACAGAACUCAAAGCUUCUAUUUUUUCAAUAUGAAUUGACGAUAAAGCUGCAAAAAAUGAAAUGAUGGUGGCAAAGAUUCGACAAGCAUCAACAUUUCAUUGCUUUUUUUGAAUCUAAAUAACAUUCUCACUUUAACUUUCUCAAUUCCAUCUUAAUUGAUUAUCAGCAAAUCAUGAAAACGAGUUAAUCAAUGAACCCACGUGACCCUUUUAGUAUCUAAUUAUUUGCAUGGGCAAGAGUGAAUGAAACUUAAUGACAAAUUAAUUGUUUUUGAAAUACUAAACACAAUCCAAUCUAUUGACAGCAUUUUUGAUUUCCUUCAAUAACCGUUAAUAACUCUCGUUAACUCCUUGUUUUGUCAACAUUGAAACAUUCAAAUUUAAUUUAAUCCAUUUAAUUCAACAAAAGAAUGGCUGCUUAAUAAUCAGAUAUACUUAUGAUAUCAUUUUUUAAUGAUUAUGGCAAUAAUAAUGCUGAAUAAUAUUGAAUAACGAGAAGAUAUUUUGGAAGCACAAAGAAAUUUUUCAAUGAAAAGACAAAAAAUGGGAAAAAUAUUUUUCCCAUUAUUUUUGAAUCUUCAAAUGGAAAAGUAAAAGAAAAUCUUUUCUUAUUACAUUUCUCACUCAACUGAUUAUGAAGACAUGAAAUUGAAAAGUGAGAUUGUAAGGAUAAAGUUUACAAUUUGGCUUCCAUUGAUUAGUGUUUCAAUCUUGUUCAAGAUUAAAACCCAACUGCACCACUAUUGAUGAGAUGCUUAAAUUACAUUCAACAUGUUUAUUAUACUUUCAAUUGAUUGAUAUCAUCAUUGGUUACUGUUUGAUUAUUGUGAUAUUUUGUGCUUCUAAUGCCCAUUUUCAAAUGAUAUUAGCCACUGGUAAAUCAUCGGCUUACCAUGAUGGAUUAUUAACACCAUUGUUAUCACCUCGUAAUUUAACUACCCUGGAAACUUCAACAAAUGGGUUUAAUGUUUCCAGUGAUUUAAUUGAAGUCAACAAUAAACCUAAACGCUUCUCUGUUUUACGUCAACAAAGUACAACAGUUAAACAGCCAAUUUAUCCUUUCAUCAAAGAUUUAAUCUCAUUGAGUUCAGAUUCAAUUGAAUCGGGUAAAAACAAUGGCAACAAUGGUAACACUAAUAAAACUGUUGAUGGCGAUGAAAAUGGUUUAUGGAACUAUCGGUUGUUAUCUUCAUCUGGAAAAGCAAAUGAUUCAGCAUUUGUAGAGGAUAUUUUCAAUCGAUUUAAAAAGCCAACUCAAUCUUUUGAAAUUCAUUCUCCAAUCAAUAAACAGAUCAAAUCAGAGAAGAGCUCGCUUGAAGUAAAUGAAGAUGACAGUAUCAAAGAAGACGAUGCAACUGGAAAAUUUGAGCAAAAAAAUCAAUCUCCAGGAUCAGUUUAUUAUGACAAUAAUUGGUUCCUAAAUCGCAAUCGCCAAGGUAACAUGGAUAGAAUGGUUAACAGAGAUCUUGGCUUUCCUGUGUCGAACUCAAAAUCAUUGUUACCAACUAGUCAACCAAUGAUUAACCAACAAAAUGCAAAUAAUAGUGAUAAUGAUGGUGAUAAUUAUUCUAACAAUAAUCUUGAUAAUAGCAAAAUUGGCAACAAUGUUAGUGUUGACUUGAAAGAAUUUCCAGAUAAAUCAGUGAAAGAACCUUUAUUUGGAAUGCCUGACCCUGGUCGCUGGUAUUACACUAAAAACAUUUUAAACGCUGAACCUUCGAAGGUUGGCUCAACAGAGGCCAAAGUAAGAACUAAGGAAACAAAAGAAACCACCAAAUCGGAAUUAAACAAUGGAGCGUCAUCUUCCUCACCACUGGAUAAAAAGCCUUACCUUUCAAAUUAUCCCAUUUUUGACGAGCAACUCAUCAUGACAGCACCACAUCAUCAAUAUCUUCCUAAUCUCCCACAUCUUCCUCAUCUUCCUCAUCGAGAUCUCCACCAUGUAAUACCUCAUCAUCUUAACCACAACCAUUAUCACCAUCACGCUCAUCCAUAUCGAUUUGCCUAUCAUCCUAUUAACCAUCCAGUUGUUCCUCCUCUGCAUCAUCAUCAUCUUUUGCUUCACCAUCACUCGACCCGACGUUAUCCUAAACUUGGACCGAUCGCCUAUUCAUGCUGUAAAGUCGUUUAUCCUCCUCCGUUGGGCAAAUCGGCGAUUGGACACGCUCUUGUUCCUCAUGGAUCAUCGUUAAACAAGGAAACUGUACCAGCCUCCGCUUCAACUACACCAUCUGAAAGUGUCCAUGGAUUAGCUCAUGAAAUUGGAGCAAAUUGUAUUCCAAUUUAUCCUCCAAGUUAUCCCUUUGGUUAUGGUCCUCGUUAUGUCAGAACAUUUCCGUUAGCAUUGAAAUUUUUCAAGAAAGCUUUUCUUUUUGGUUAAACUGGAAUAUUUAAGGAAUCACGGUUACAAUCAAUUUAAAG